AAUCUUGUCUUCACUUCCACUUAUCACUGCCACUUGUCUUCUUCCUAAUCACACACAACCCAACUAAUAAAAGCUCUCUCUCUAUUUCCAUUUAUUAUCUGCAAAAAACCAUUACAUCAUCUGUAAAUAAAUGCAGCUUCUACUUUCAAAAGCUUUCCUUUUUCUACAUACAACAAGAACCUUUUCAACAAUGGCCAUAUCUACAUCCAGUUCAAUUUCUCUUUCUUCAAAACCCCGUCUUAAGGGUGUAAUAUUUGACAUGGACGGAACCCUAACGGUUCCCGUUAUUGAUUUUCAAGCCAUGUAUAAAGCUGUUCUUGGUCAUGAUGAGUACCUUGCCGUUAAAUCCAAGAACCCAUCUGGCAUUGAUAUUUUGCACCACAUUGAAAAUUGGAGCCCCGAUAAGCAACGUCGGGCUUAUGAAAUUAUUACUGAUUUUGAAAAGCAAGGCCAGGAUCGCCUCCAAAUUAUGCCUGGUGCUACUGAACUUUGCAGUUUUCUUGAUUCUAAGAAUAUUAGAAGGGGAUUAAUCACUAGAAAUGUCAAAGAUGCAGUUGACUUGUUUCAUGUACGCUUUGGAGUAAAAUUUUCUCCUGCACUGAGUAGGGAAUUUCGUCCUUAUAAACCAGAUCCAGCUCCAUUGUUGCAUAUUUGUUCAACUUGGGGAGUUCAAUCUAAUGAAGUGAUGAUGAUUGGGGACAGCCUUAAAGAUGAUGUUGCUUGUGGCAAAAGAGCUGGAGCAUUUACUUGCUUGCUCGACGAAACAGGAAGGUAUGAUGCUCCAGAAUAUGCAAACAUUGAACACCAACCAGACUAUAAGGUGUCUUCUCUUGUUGAGGUUCAGUCACUGUUAGAAAGACAUUUUGAGCUGACAUCUUGAUUUCUCAAAUCCUUGGAACCCCUACCUGGCUGAGCAGCGAGAUAUGGUUUACCUUCGUAAGCCUCCACAUCAUAUUCCUGCACGUAUGUUUCUUUAGGCUACUGUAAGCUUAUAGUAAUUGGAUGCAGCUUUGCUCAAGUGAGCUGGAUCUUUGAGAUGACGACUAGUCACUUUUCAAUCAGGAAAAUUGGGAGGAUAAGUUUUUGUUUGCUCUUGCUACAACUGGUGAGUUACAGAGGCGAUAGUGUUUUAUCGACUAACCAGUUUUGUUGGGGUGAAUUAGGCAGGAGUCAGGAUAGUCAUGAGAUCGUAAAUGUAUUUUGAAUGUAGUGUUCUUGUCACCUCUUUGCUUACGACGGAAGCUCUAGCAACUUAGGUAGCACAGCUCUCACUCUCCUUUUUCUUCAUCAAAUUCGAACUAUUUUUUUUGUAGACUGAAUUUCUUACGAAUUAGUGUACUCGUUAAUGUAUCCCUAAUAAGAUAGGGGUAAGAUCUACGUAUACACUAUCCUCUUCAUACCCCAUUUAUGGGACUACAUUGGGUUUGUCGUCGUUGUAGUGUACUGGAGAACUCUUGUAAGCCUCUAAUGUAAUUCCUCAAUUUUAGUUUUUGUGUCUUUUA